AUGCACUACUCUGGCCUCUCCUUGGAAACACAGGAAGAAAUCGACAGCCAGGUUGUGAUCGACUUCGAAGAAGCUUUCGCCACUAAUGACGUCGGAGGCAAAACUAAGCCAUCAGGCUGGACAAUCGAAAAGCUGGUCCUCGAGUGCUUUGCCGGCAGUAUAAAAGAUGAGAUGCAACUCUACCUGCACGACGUGCAAACAAAGUGGAAACCCGAGCUCAAAGACAUCGACCCAGGUGGUGACUCUGAGGCAGACUACACAUCUGACACUUCAGACACGGGAGGUCGCCGACGCCGGACACAGAUGAAUCGGACUUGUCUUCCAGAGUGUUGUUCCAAUGAGAAUGUUCACGACGAUGUUUUCGUGGAGCAUAAUAGAAGCAGUGAAUUUGUGCAGAGUCAGGUCUGGGAGGACGAUAUGAACGAGGGGAUGCCGUCUUUGACUAUCGCGGCGAGAUCGUUGAGAGAGGCGAUGGAGGAUGAGGAGUACAUCACUGAUGAUGACAAGUUGAUAACGAACUACGGGGUGUUUGGGUUCAUUAUGAGGAGUAGAAAGUGGGCUAAGCUCGACUUGACAUAUCUCGGGCCCAUGAAGGGGCAGAACACUUUCGACUUACUCGUACUUCCACCUGGUCACAGAGAAAUGGUGGAAAGUUUGGUGACACAGCAUUUCUUGGACAAGACGUCUGCUUACGAUGAGACGGAUGAAGUUGAUAUCGUCCGGGGGAAAGGAAAGGGCUUGAUUCUGCUUCUGCAUGGGGCACCUGGAGUCGGAAAGACAACUACAGCAGAAUGCGUUGCAACCUACUUCCACAAACCUCUCUUCCAAAUAACUUGCGGAGAUUUGGGGUCUACAGCAGACGUCGUCGAGAGUCGCUUGGAGAAGAACUUUGCCCUCGCAAGUCGAUGGGGCUGCAUUCUGCUCAUCGAUGAAGCAGAUGUCUUCCUUGAGGCUCGACAGACAGAAAACUUUGAUCGUAACAGUCUUGUCGCUGUCCCUCACAUCACAGUCUUCCUUCGGACGCUAGAGUACUAUACCGGUAUUCUCUUCCUCACCACCAACCGUGUCGGCACCUUUGACGAAGCUUUCACGUCACGCAUCCACAUCAGUCUAUACUACCCUCCUCUCAACCUAGAAUCCACAGUCGCCGUCUUCAAGGUGAAUCUCACUCGCAUCAAAGCCCGCUUCGAGAAGAAAAAAGAGAGAGGGGAAGCGGAGCUUGAGCUAGAUGAAAUGUCAAUCGCUACAUUUAUCCAUCGGUAUUUUGAGAAGAAUAAGGACGCUCGCUGGAACGGUCGUCAGAUCCGUAAUGCUUGUCAGACAGCGUUAGCCCUUGCUGAAUUUGAGGGCCAAAAGCUAGCCAACCCAGCGGCGAGCGGCGGGCGCAACGUCAUGGAGUUCGCAGCCAUGUCAAAGAAGAUGAUCAAGGUCAAACUGGCAGAAAAGCACUUCCAAGACGUUGCCAAGGCUUAUCUGGCAUUCAUAAAGUAUCUUCGAGAGGUACACGGCGUCAGUGCAGCGCAACAAGCUAAGAACUACCGUCUGCGUCAUGAUCGAUGGGGUCUUGGUGAGUCAGCUAGUCUACUUGCUUCCAGACAAAGGGAUUAUAGAGAAGAGAGCAAGCCAGAAUAUGGGCAGCGGUAUGGUCCGAGACCAAGCGGGAGAGGAGACCAGCAAACACGAGGGCCACGGUAUCGACAAGAACAGAACCUGGAUGAUGAGAACAUCGCAGAAGAUUACGGAUACACCAAUGAAUACCACGGGUAUGAGGAUGACCAGGGGCUGAUGCAGGAUGACGACGAUGGUAGGGACUUUGAGAAUGGACCGUCGUUCGACGAGGAAGUUGACUAUGCCGAAGGCUAUGAAGAGCGCCCUGCUGCACGGGGCAAGCAACCGGCGCAGAAAUAUGAUGAAGAUAACGAGUACUACCCAGAUGAUCAGCAGGAAACUGCCAAGUAUCGACCAGGUCCGUCACAGCCAGAGCGACACAUAGCCCGUGGUGGAAGUUGUGGAAGAGGCGCCGGACGCAGCCAGCAAGUGUCGCGAAGAGGUGAUCACGCCCACAAGAGGAGAGCGAUGCCAGGGGCAAAUAGAAGGAUACCUCAUGAUGAAUCUGAUUGA